AUGCACCACAAGAAGAUCGCCUGCAGCUUCAUGGCUGCUCUGGCUGCCUAUGCCUCUGCUGCCGACUCAGAUGUUCACCAGCUGACCAAGGACACCUUCGACGAGUUUGUCAAGUCCAACAAUCUCGUCCUCGCUGAGUUCUUUGCUCCCUGGUGCGGUCACUGCAAGGCCCUCGCCCCCGAGUACGAGGAGGCCGCCACAACUCUCAAGGAGAAGAACAUCAAGCUUGCCAAGAUUGACUGCACUGAGGAGUCCGACCUCUGCAAAGACCAGGGCGUCGAGGGUUACCCCACCCUCAAGGUCUUCCGUGGCCUUGACAAUGUCACUCCCUACUCUGGCCAGCGCAAGGCUGCUGGUAUCACUUCCUACAUGAUCAAGCAGUCCCUCCCCGCUGUCUCCAUUCUCACAAAGGACACCCUCGAGGAGUUCAAGACCGCCGACAAGGUUGUCGUCGUCGCCUACCUCAACGCCGAUGAUAAGAGCUCCAACGAGACCUUCUCCAAGCUCGCCGAGGGUCUCCGUGAUACCUACCUAUUCGGUGGCGUCAACGACGCUGCUGUUGCCGAGGCCGAGGGCGUCAAGGCCCCCGCCCUGGUUGUCUACAAGUCCUUCGAUGAGGGCAAGAAUACCUUCACCGAGAAGUUCGAGGAGGAUGCUAUUGCCUCUUUCAUCACCACCUCUGCCACCCCUCUCAUUGGUGAGGUCGGCCCCGAGACCUACUCCAGCUACAUGUCCGCUGGUAUCCCCCUCGCAUACAUCUUCUCCGAGACUCCUGAGGAGCGCAAGGAGCUUGGUGAUGCCCUCAAGCCCAUCGCUGAGAAGUUCAAGGGCAAGAUCAACUUCGCCACAAUUGACGCCAAGGCCUUCGGCGCUCACGCCGGUAACCUGAACCUCAAGGCUGACAAGUUCCCUUCUUUCGCCAUCCAGGAGGUUGUGAAGAACCAGAAGUUCCCCUUCGACCAGGAGAAGGAGAUCACACAUGACAACAUCGCCAAGUUCGUUGAGGACUUUGCCGCUGGCAAGAUUGAGCCCAGCAUCAAGUCCGAGUCCAUUCCCGAGACCCAGGAGGGCCCUGUCACUGUUGUCGUUGCCAAGAGCUACAACGACAUUGUCCUCGAUGACACCAAGGAUGUCCUAAUUGAGUUCUACGCUCCUUGGUGCGGUCACUGCAAGGCUCUCGCCCCCAAGUAUGAUGACCUUGCUUCUCAGUUCGCCGCUUCCGAGUUCAAGGACAAGGUUGUCAUCGCCAAGGUUGACGCUACCCUCAACGAUGUUCCCGAUGAGAUCCAGGGUUUCCCCACCAUCAAGCUCUACCCCGCUGGUGCUAAGGACGCUCCCGUCACCUACCAGGGCUCUCGCACCGUCGAGGACCUCGCCAACUUCAUCAAGGAGAACGGCAAGUACAAGGCCGAGCUCCCCGUCAAGGAGGAGGGCACCGAAGAGGCCGCCCCCGCCGCUAGUGAGGAGAAGAAGGAUGCCGAGGAGGAGGAUGUCCAUGAUGAGCUGUAA